CAGUAUUUAUCUCCGUUUUCUUCGUCCACCUUUCCGCGGCGGCGCGGCGCACUUGACCUGCUCGACGGAGCGACUGGCCGAGACCAGCAGAGCACCUCCCAUGGCGAGUGGGGCUGACCGAAUCAGCGACCUCCCGGAGGGCGUCCUCCACCACAUCCUCUCGCUCCUGCCGGCGCAGGACGCGGUGCGCACGUGCGUUCUCGCCCAGAGCUGGCGCAACCGCUGGCGGUCCGCGCCCGCACUUCGCUUCGCCUGCUCCACCGGCAUGGCUGGCGGCGCCGACGCGUUCUUCUCCUUGGUCAACACCCUGCUGCACGUCCGCCGCAGGGGCCCGCCCCUUGACUCGUGCGACUUCGAUCUGGAUCUGGACCUGUCCGACGACCGCAGAUUGGAGCCGCACGGCAACAGCUGGAUCAGCCGCGUGCUGCAGCUCAAGGUCCAGGAACUCCGGUUCCGUGCCCCUGCCGACCCCUUCGCCAACCCCCGCCUUGCCUUCAAGCUGGAUCACGUGCACCUCUCCUCGCAGCGCCUCACGAGUUUGGAGCUCAGCGGCGUCAAGGGCAACGCCGUCGUCCUUGAUUUCUCUGACUGCUUGGCGAUGGAGCGUCUCAAGAUGGAGAGGUGCAGUGUUUCUUCAACGGAAAUGCAGUCCCCCUCUCUGAAGCAUCUCAGUAUCAAAAACUGCAUCUUUUAUUCCAACUGCCGCACUGUGCUGUCCUUCCCCAGCCUCGUCUCAUUCGAGUUCGUUGCUAAUUUCGGAAGGGCUCCAAUGCUUGAAACAAUGCCGUACAUGGAAACGGCAAUUGUUCGAUUCGAUCGUCAUCAUGCUGAUCGAUGUAAAAAUGGUCGCUUGGAUGAUUGUGGAGAUGCUGCCUGUCCGGGUUGUUUUAAUUACUAUGGUCCUCAUGAUUCGGGCAGCGUGUUUCUUCAUGGCUUGGCUGAAGCUACAUACUUGAAUUUGUCAGCUUAUCCUGAUAUGUAUGUUUUCAACAGGGAUUUGAAAUGGUGCCCUGCAUUUAACAAGUUAAAGACGUUGGUGCUUAGAAAAUGGUUUCUGUCUACUGACCUCAGUGCACUGAUUUGGUUCCUCCACCACACCCCUCUUCUGGAGAAGCUUACUCUUGAAAUUCCAAAGCCACGCAAGACUUUAAUGAAAACAGAGGGAAGUUACAAUCCAUUGGGAAUUGCACCUAGCCAUCUUCAGAAUGUUGAAAUCAUAUCCAAAGAUGUUGAUGGGGUAGUACUCAAAGUUUUGAAGGUCUUGAAUGCUAAUGGCAUACCACUGGGGAAAAUCAGAAUUCAGUGUUCAGGUUGUAAGUUAUUUAUGUACUGUCAUGAUUCUUUUGUUCAGUUGUCCAUACUUGUUACAAAACCAAGUAUCAUCAGUAAUCAAACUAUGUCUGUUCUGAUUUAUCACAAUUUAUAUUACCGCACUUUGCUUUAUGGUUGAGAUUUAAUUUGUGUUCGAUGUUAGACAAGCAAUAUCAUCAGGAACUGUUGUGAAUGCUCUUCUGCCUCUAUUCAGUCCAUUUUGGUUGAAUUUGCUGCCAUCAGAAUUCAUUGUUAGACUAGCACUAUCAUCUGGAACUGUAGUGAAUGCUCUUCUGCCUGUAUACAGUCCAUUUUGAUCGAAUUUGCAGCCAUCAGAUCCUGCUUAUACAAUAAACAUGCCAAACUCUGAUUCUAUAUUGAAGAUAUGCUUCUCCUGAUUUGUCUUGCCAUUGUACAUACAAUACAUCCUGUUUGUGUGUGUCAGUUCAUUAUAUUUGUGCAUAUAUGCACUUCGUUAGGAACUGGACAUAUAAAAAAACACAACAAAACCAUCUCAGCAUCAUCUAGUUUUCUGAUCUUUGGUUCUUAUUAUUGGAAGCGACUUUCUGUAUUUAUGAAAUGCUUCCCAUGUCGAAAUCUUAAUAAUUGAAUAGUACAAAAUUUUUGCUCCAGGUUGUUGUUCUUUUCUGUAACUUUUUUAUCUCUUACAGGUUAUGAUUUUUUGUGUACUAAUAUCAACUCCAUGUAGAAGUGAGAAGUACCAGGCAGUUGAUGACCCUAGUAGUUUAGUAAAGGUAAAUGGAACAUUGGAACGCUUAUGUAAUUUUGUUUUUUUGACUUUGUCUAUAGGAACCACAUGCUCUGUUAUGCCAAUGUAGUUUACCUUGCGUCACAAAUUAGUUGCAUCACAUUAGGUUAAUGGCUUUGCAAGAUAAACUUCUCAUGACUUAAUAUCUAUCAUCAUCAAUCUUUCUGUGUUCUUCACUUUUAGAAACAUCAUUUUAAGUACCAAGAAAUUGAUGCACGUCUUCAACUUUACAGUAACCAAGGAUACUACUAUGAAAGUGUUUUAUCAUACAGUCUCUUUCACAAUUAAGUAUGGCACUUUUAUAUUUCUUCCAUUGGUCAUUGACAUUGGUCUGCAGCAAGCAGAUAAAAAGACUACCAUCAAGGUGUACUACAGUAGUGUCUGCUUCUCCCUACAGUGGGUCACAAAGCCAUUGAUACCGCUCAGUUAGACUUCUUCACUGCACUGCUUUUGUGACUGCCAAGAGACAUUCACCCCUCCCUCUUUACUGGUGGCUUUGAUUUCCUUCCAUCUCUAGGUUCAGUUCAAUGAGCCUGUCUGGUUAGUAGAAUGUGUAACAUCUUUCUCCUGAUUUGUUGCUUAAUGCACAAUGUGGAACAUGAUGCCUAUGAGAUAUUUUAUCAGGGGAUCAACACUUAAUAUGUGAAUCAAUGUCAGUUAGUGUAAUA